AUGGCUGUGCGACGCAGUGUAUUGGAGACACUUAAUGACACGGAGUUAAUACAAAGAUACCGCCUUAACCGUGAGGGAAUACUGAUUGUUGUGGAUCUUGUGAGGGAUGCAAUAACAGUGCCAACUAUUCGCAACAACCCAAUCAGGGCCGAAUUGAAAUGUUUGACAACACUUCGCUACCUGGCAAUGGGAAAAAUGCAAUUGUGUAAUGCCGACGAUCUAGCGAUUUCCCAGCCAUCGGUAAGCACAUCCAUCCACCAAACCAUCAAUGCACUCUGUAGACCCCAUAUUAUUCGACAGUUCAUAAGUUUUCCUUUGGACAUUCGCCAACUCCAAAGAAACAAAGCCAGUUUUAUGGAUAUUGCCGGUGUGCCCGGAGUGGUCGGUGCUAUAGACGGGACCCAUAUUAAACUAAUUGCACCACGUCAGGAUGAGGACGUGUUUUUGAAUAGAAAGAAAACCCACUCCAUCAAUACCCAGAUUGUGUUCGAUGCAAACUUCACAAUUCUCGAUGUUGUUGCAAAGUGGCCCGGAUCCACUCAUGACUCGAGGAUAUUGAUGGAAAGUGGUCUGAGGCAACUGUUUGAGAGACAUCAUGUGCCAGCUGGAUGUCACUUGGUGGGGGACAGUGGCUAUCCCUGUAAGUCGUGGCUCCUUACACCUUACCUCCGUCCACAAGUGGGACCACAGUUAAAUUACAAUAGAGCACACAAGAAGACACGCAGCGUGGUGGAAAGGGGGAUUGGACAGCUAAAGCGACGUUUCCACGUUUUACAUAGUGAAAUCCGCCUUAGUCCAGAGAAGACGAGUAAAGUGAUCACUGUGUGUGCGCUUCUUCACAACCUGUGCCGGCAAAGGAACAUACCACAGACAGAAGAUGGUGAUGAGUUUGACGAUGAUGAUGAUGAUAAUGAUGAUGAACACAGAGAAUUUGUUGAUGAAGUGGAACAAUGUGGACUGGCAUUCAGGGAUCACUUCGUCUAUACACACUUUAGGUAA